CCUUUCCUUUUUCUGGCAAAUAAGGCAUCAGAACGAUCAAUCCUUCAUUCGCUCUUUUUUCUCUUCUUUUCUCUUUCUUUCUCUCCGCGCUAAACAUCAUCGGAUUAAAGCCUUGGCUAUUAUCUUGUUUGAUUGUGUAACUUUUGCGCGCGUUCCAUCCUUUUUGCAAACAAAUCUACUACCUCAUCGUGGAUUGACUUUGGGUUGUGGGUGUUUCUUACCUUUUCGUUGAAAAAAUCUACGUGCUUGGUCCGUUCACUUUACUUUGUCACACAACAAGCACCCCCACAAACACAUCUUAUAAAUAUAAAGAACAUCAUAACAAAAUCUCCACACCCACAUUUCUACUUUCUCUUUUCCUGCCUUUUUUUCUUUUUUCCUUUUCUCUUACUUUUCUUCUUUCACUAUGUUACCACAGUUUAAUUAUAUUGUUGCGCAAGCUGGAGCGGAUUCACGACCUCCUCCUGUUUUGGGAUCAGCAUUACCACCAUUAAGUUCCAAACCCUCACCUUUCAAUUAUCCGCCUCCUCCACCACCACCCGCAUCUCAUCACCAUCAUUCACUACCUCCCGCAUCGCAUGUAGAAGGCAUCUCCGCUUCACAGCAGGAAUAUAGCUAUGGACAACCUUAUUAUGCGCGACAAUCGUCACCAGCAUCGACAUCGGCUCAUACCAUACUACCUCCUCCUCCACCGCCUCCACCGCCGCCAUACUUAUACCAGCAUUCAGCAACGGCUCCUCUUCCACCGCCACCUCCGCAACCACCACAAACACCGGUAGCUCCGCCUAUAGAUUAUUAUCCUUCUGAACAACAGCAACAACAACAAAUGCAACAACCACCACCACCACCGUUGGUCUCGUUCCGUCCACCUCCUCCUCACCGUUGGCAAGAAUCCGUUGACACGCCACAGACAUCGUGGUAUACUCCGCAACCUUAUUUUGAGCCUCCUCAUCACACGGCAUCCUCUGCCGCUUCGCCUUCCAUGAAUGGGUAUCGCGAUGCUUAUACAAAUCGGUGGCAAGAAGAUGAAGAGGCAGCUGUUGCCAUGGCAUUCAAUGAGGACAAGAUCAGACGGCGAUUACGAGACUUCAACGAUCUCAUCACCUGGGUUGAUAACGAGUUUUGGGAGCAAAGCGAAGACAUUUAUCGAGACAAAUUACAGUCAUUGCAGGAAGAACUGUCAAGUAUACAAGAUGGCACACAUUCAGCAUUCAAGGAAAUUCUGGCGGAUCUUGAAUUGAAGCGGGAUAAGGUGAUCGCCGACGCGGAGUGUUUUAUGGCGUAUCAAUUGUCAUUCAUGGAAAAUCAGUAUGAACAAGAUAUGACUGCAUUAGAAGAAGAGUACGAGGGUCAACGUCACAACUUGCAUGAUAUGUUGAUGGCUGCCAUUGAAGAGCGACGAAAACAGAUCAAAGAUGACAAAGACGAAGGAUUUACAGAUAUACAGGAUCUAUUUAGUGAAGCCUAUUCCAGAGCCACUAAACGCAAUCUACGUCGACGUCAUGUGGUCGAUAAAUUCAGUUCAUCGCCAUCACGACAAGAUUCUCCACGGAGACGUCCAGCGAGAACGACUACUCCACAUAAUAUUAAUGCACAAAUAUCUUCACGAGAAGAUGAAGAAUUAGAAGCCGACUUUAUGACAAUGAAGCAGUGGUUGGGGUGCACUUUCAGCAAGGAGAAAUGGAAACACGACCACGUCAAGAAGGUGAUCACAGAUUUCCUAAUUCGUUAAUUGUUGAAAACGGGGUUCGAUUGCUUUGUGUCACGGCAACUUUAAUUUCGCGUUUGUAUCAGAGAUAAUACACGUUUUCUAUACACGAGUCUCAACCCUUGGUGGAUACAGUAUAUUUAUAAGACCUUUAUCAAGCUUUCCCCCUCCCCAUUGACAUGAAAUUUUCCUUCCAUCCUCUUUGUGUCAUCAGCAUUCCAAAAACAUUGUAUCUGUGACGAGAAAGUGUAAUGCAAGCCAAAAAGAAAAAAAAACCAGACAAUUUGAAAGAAAAAGACAAAGGCACAUUGGAAUUGUGUAGAAAAUAAAAAAACAAACGCAAGACCGAACCGUAUCAAUGUCGGAACCAUAGAAAUCAAUGACCAAAUACGAAAAAAAAGGGCUAAUUGAAAUGGUCAUCGUCCAUGGUAUGAUAACCCAAAGGUACCAAAAAAAAAAAAAAAAAAAA